AAGGAAUUCUAGACGCGUCCAAAAUCCUCCCGGCGGCUGGGCUUCUCGCCGUCCGUCGCCGCCGGGCGACGCGCGCACGGCAGCUGUCGCCGACGCACGCUCCGGCUCUCCUCUCCUCUCAAGGCAGCGUUUGCCUUCGCGGCUGGACGAUGGAUUUGGGGACGGAGAAUCGCCUUGCGGCGUUGCUCCUCGAGGAGGCCCGGAGGCUGCGGAUGCAGGCGGAGAAGGAAGGGGUGCACGCCUAUCUGCAGAAACCUAAUGUGAGGCACCGCCCCAACUCGCGGUUCCUCGCCGCCACCGUUCUUGGCGUUCAGCAUGCAAAUCGAGUUGUGGAGGUUAAUGAGAUGUGGCGUGCCAGGGAGAAGGAACUGGAGCUGGAAUCGAAGAUGAAAAGCAGAACCAAUGGUCUAAAUGACUGGAGAUCCCAAAAACGGAAGAACGACUCAAGAGACCAGAGCCCUGUCUCUAAGAUCCAGCGAGACAGACCAUAUGGUGCGUCAUUUUCGUCGAGGGACUCGCAUAGCAGUUCUUAUUCGGACCAGGAGGAUGGGCUAGGCGAUGAUGAAAUCGAAGAGUUUCUUCGAUCAAGGGUGAAGCGCGGACUAGGAGCCAUUGGUUCUAGAAUGGAUGAGCCUGGUCCAUACCUCAAGCCUCCAUCCAGUAGGCAAGACAAUUCAGCAAAUCUGGAUGCACGAGAGAAAGAAGAGCGGAAGCGCCGAGUUUAUGGUCCAGAGAAGCCACUGUUUUUAAGAUCUAUGAAAUCCUCAGAUGAGGAGCCAUCCACCUUGAAGCACAAGCACAUAAAAGAAGAAAAGAAAAAUAGCAGCAACCGAGAGAGAAAGGAGGAGGAGAACAGGAGGGCCAAACAUCACCACCGUGAGCAUAAAAGCCGAAGUAGGGAGUGAUGGCUGAUGAUUAAUCGGAACAUGGAGAAAAGGUUCACCAUUUGCCGCUAAUUUGUGACCUGUUGAAACUAUUGUAUCAAAACAUUCCUCUUUUGAAGUAAAAUAUAAGGUCUUUUCUCUCAA